AUGCACACCGUUUUUCGAAUUGAUGAAGUUCGAAAACUUGAUAAGAAAAGUCCACUUUAUCAAGUGGACCUUAAACUUACGUCGGAUGAUGACCAACAACUUCGUCGAUUAACCGACCGUAUACGACAAGAAACAUCGGGCAGCACUGGAUGGGAUCGAGUUGGUCAAUUGCUGCUCAAAAUUGGUCAAUUUGACAAGGCCGAAGAAUUAUAUACAGCACUACUAGGACAGGCAUCCAACGACUGUGCUAAAGCAUAUAUCUAUCACCAGCUCGGAUGGGUGAAACAAGGCCAAGGACAAUACAAAGAAGCAGCUUCAUUUUAUGAAAAAUCAAUCGAAAUCAAUCGAAAAAGUCUCCCGGAAGAUGAUCCGACAUUGGCUGCUAUCUACAACAACAUCGGUCAAGUGUAUAAGGACAUGGGUGACUACUCGAAAGCACUUAAAUUUUACGAAAAAUCACAUCAAAUUGUCGAAAAAGCUGUGUCUCCGAAUCAUCCCAAUUUGGCUACUUCCUACAACAACAUCGGUGGAGUGUAUAACGACAUGGGUGACUACUCGAAAGCACUUGAAUUUUACGAAAAAUCACUUAAAAUAAGAGAAAAAGCUCUGCCUUCGAAUCAUCCAGAUUUGGCUACUUCCUACAACAAUAUCGGUCAAGUGUAUCUGGGCAUGGGUGACUACUCGAAAGCACUUGAAUUUUACGAAAAAGCACUUAAAAUCAACGAAAAAGCUCUGCCUCCGAAUCAUCCCAAUUUGGGUUAUUCUUACAACAACAUUGGUACUACAUAUUUCGGCAAGGGUGACUACUCGAAAGCACUCUCAUUCUUAGAAAAGGCACUUUCUAUCUUGCAAAAAUCACUUCCGUCAACACAUUCUCUAAUUAAAGCAACGAAAGAUAACAUUGAUCAUGUUAAAAAGAAAAUCUAA